CAACACUACACGCAAUGCCCAACCCCCAGCUGCAGGCAGUGCCCGCUGCGGCGAACGCCAAGCGGAAGAAUGCGCCCCGCGACGACGAGGACGACGGCGCGUCAGACUCGGGCUCGGAUGUGAGCAUGAUCAACGUCGACUUUGACUUUUACAACCUCAACACGGACGUGGACCAAAUCGCGAUCAAGCGCUUCCUCCGCCAGACACUAAGCCACGACGACAACCUCAUCGACGUGCACCCGCUCGCGGACCUGAUCCUGUCCGAGGCGAGCCGCCUCGGCGCGGGCACGAGCAUCAAGACGGACGGCGAGGAGAGCGACCCGUGGGGCCUGCUGGCGGUCGUGGACAUCCGGCACGCGCAGGAGACGCCGGCGCUCAAGCCGCUGAUCGACUACUUCCUGUCCACAUCGCCGCCGGCCGCGCUCGCGAGCGUCCUGGACAAGAGCCACGCGUCGCGCCCCGCCCUCCUCUUCUCCCUCCGCAUGCUCAACCUCCCCCUCCCGCUCAUCCCGCCACUGUACAAGAUGAUCGGGAGCGAGCUCGCCGACGCCGACUUUAGCCACUACGUCCUCUGGGGACGGGGGUACAAGCUGCAGGGGACGGAGGCGGCCACUGGACUCGAGCUGGACCAGGCUACCAAGGGCAACAAGAAGAAGAAGGGCGGGAACACCACCGGUCCCGGCCUUGUUGCUGGCUCGUUCACCUACCACCCAGAGGAGGACCUCAUCGACGCCCGUGCAAAGGUCGUGCACACGUACCCCCUCAAGACGGCGCCUUCGCGCGACGACGAGGCGUUCGGUGUUGAGCAGUUUGGACGCUUGGUCCUUGCUGACGCUGCUGGCCUCGCCAAGGCUGUGGAGGACAUGGAGGAGGCUGUGAGGUAGAGGCGGUCGGUUACAUCUGUAGACAGUCGAGGGCGAUGUGUUGUUGACAUGCAUCUGUGCAUAGG